AAACAUAGCCGCAGUUGCAGCUUGUGAGAAGUGAAUACAAAGAAUCAGGAGCUUGCGUGUGAUCGGUUUGUGUUCAGACAUAAACUUGAAGAAAUAUCAAGUAUUCUUUCCUCCGUUUCUGAUACGUUUCCGCUGGUCCAAGGAUGAUGAAGUUUAGGUUUAGACGGCAGGGAAAUGACCCACAAAGAGAAAAAAUCAAACAGGACCUCUUUGCAUUCAAAAAGAUGGUUGAACAUGGAUUUCCCAGCCAGCCCAGUGCGCUUGCGUAUGACCCCGAGCUGCGGCUCAUGGCCAUCGGCACCAAAUCUGGAGCAGUCAAAGUCUAUGGAGCCCCUGGCGUGGAGUUCACAGGUAUACACAAAGAUGCAACUGCUGUCACACAGCUGCACUUCCUGUAUGGUGAGGGGCGGCUAGUGACCCUUCUGGAUGACAACACAUUGCACCUUUGGGAGAUCAGCCAGAGACAGAGCUGCUCGUACCUGCAGGAGAUCCACAGUGUCACGCUACCGGUUCGGCCAGGCUUCGAGAGCAGCAGCUCCGCCCGCGUGACAGUUCUCCUGCUGAUGACCAGCUGUGAGGUGCUGUGUGUGGGCACAGAGGGCGGGGGGGUCCACUUCCUGGAGCUGCCAAGCCUCCGUUUGCUGGACACCAGGUCUCUGUUCCAUGAGGAGAUCAUGCAGAGUGCCCCAGAGGACUACAAGUGUGGGAAGUCUCUUGGGCCAGUGGAGUCACUUCAGGAACACCCUCAGUGCCCUGAAAAAAUCCUCAUUGGCUACAGCAGAGGGCUGGUGGUUCUGUGGGACCUCAGUACUCGACAAGUGGACAGCCUCUUCCUGGGUAAACAGCAGUUGGAGAGCCUUGGCUGGGAGCGCAGUGGAAAGACCUUCGUCAGUUCCCACAGCGACGGGAGCUAUGCGGUGUGGACCGUCGACAGCAGCAGCCCCCGCACACAGCAGCCUGUCAACUCUGUCACACCAUAUGGGCCCUUCCCCUGCAAGGCCAUCAACAAGAUCCUGUGGAGAAUGACAGAAUCGGGGGCCCCCUUUGUGCUGUUCAGUGGGGGCAUGCCUAGGGCCAGCUAUGGGGACAGACACUGUGUGACUGUGAUGCAGGACGCCACACACGUCACCCUGGACUUCACCUCUCGCAUCAUCGACUUCUUCACCAUCCACAGCACGGAUACUGAAAAGGAAUUUGAUGACCCUACGGCUUUGGUGGUGCUGCUGGAAGAAGAGCUGGUUGCCAUUGACCUCCAGACCACUGGGUGGCCCACUAUUCCCUCGCCGUACCUUGCUCCUCUGCACUCCUCUGCCAUUACGUGCUCCUACCACAUCUCCAAUGUGCCAAACAAGUUGUGGGAGAGGGUGAUCCGUGCAGGGCAGCACCAGUGUCCGCCACAGACCCAAGUGAAGUGGCCAAUCGACGGGGGGAAGAAUCUAGCACCUGAUCCGAAGCAACAGGAACUGCUUCUAACAGGCCACGAGGACGGCACUGUUCGUUUCUGGGACGCGUCUCGGGUGUCCCUCAGGUCCCUGUACAAACUGAGCACGGCCCACGUCUUCCUCACUGACGGCGACCACAGCGACAGUCUGACCCAGGCGGGGGAGGAGGAGUGGCCUCCUUUCAGAAAGGUGGGAUGUUUUGAUCCCUAUAGCGAUGACCCCAGACUGGGCAUACAGAAGAUCUCUCUGUGUAAAUACAGUGGGAAACUGGUGGUGGCUGGAACAGCAGGACAGGUCCUGGUGCUGCGUCUCAGCGAGGAGGCAUCGGAUCACAUGAUCGACAUGGCCACCGUCGACCUCCUCCAGGACCGGGAGGGCUUCACCUGGAAGGGUCACGACCGGCUGCCCCCCAAGAUGGGGCCGAUCAGCUUCGCCCCCGGCUUCCAGCCCGUUGUCCUGGUGCAGUGCAUGCCCCCGGCAGCCAUCACCGCGGUAGCCAUGCACGCGGAGUGGAACCUCAUUGCCUUCGGCACCAGCCAUGGCUUUGGCCUGUUUGACUACCAUCGGCGUAACCCUGUCCUGGCCAGGUGUACGCUGCAUCCCAACGACUGCCUGGCCAUGGAGGGGCCCCUGUCCCGGGUCAAGUCGCUGAAGAAGUCCCUGCGCCAGUCCUUCAGGAGGAUCCGCAAGAGCCGGGUGUCGGGGAAGAAGAGGGCGGCGGUCAGCAGUCCCAUCAGCAAAGUGCAACAGGCCAAUGCCCAGCUGGCAGAGCAGGUGGGGCCCUCUGACGUGGAGGUCGCGCCGGUGCAGAGACGCAUCGAGCCGCGGUCCGCCGACGACUCGCUCUCCGGCGUGGUGCGGUGCCUCUGCUUCGCCGACACGUACCUGAGAGACGGCGCCCACCACGGGCCCACCGUGUGGGCGGGCACCAACUCGGGCUCGGUGUACGCCUACGCCCUGGAGGUGCCGUCACAGGAGAGGUUCUCUGAGCAGAGCGCGGAGGCCGUGCUGGGGAAAGAGAUCCAGCUGAUGCACCGGGCACCGGUGGUGAGCAUCGCCGUGCUGGACGGCCGGGGGAACCCGCUGCCUGAGCCCUACGAGGCCUCACGGGACCUGGCCAAGGCCCCCGACAUGCAGGGCAGCCACUCCGUCCUCAUCGCCUCAGAGGAACAGUUUAAGGUGUUCACGCUCCCCAAAGUCAGCGCCAAGACCAAGUUCAAGCUGACGGCACACGAGGGCUGCCGGGUGCGCAAGGUGGCGCUGGCGAGCUUCGGCAGCGCGUCGGCGGAGGACUACAGCGAGAACGGCCUGGUGUGCCUCACCAACCUGGGCGACGUGCACGUCUUCAGCGUGCCCGCGCUGCGGCCGCAGGUGCGCUACGACUGCGUCCGGAAGGAGGACAUCACCGGGAUCGCUUCCUGCGUCCUCACCAGGACGGGACAGGGCUUCUACCUGAUAUCUCCGUCAGAGUUUCAGCGUUUCUCCUUGUCGACACGGGCCGUCACAGAGCCACGGUGUUCGGUGGAUGUGGACCGGCCUCACGACUCUCUCAGCACCAUAACAGGACCACUUCAGGCCAAUGGAACACAGAAAAUACACCUUGCUGGAGAGAGCCUUUCUCUGCAGGAAGCAGAAGGACUUCCAGAGGGGAUCCAGACCUCUCUCUCUUCCCCCUCCCUGGACUCCCCCAACAGCAGUGCUGACAUCACACUUGACAUCACCGGUGACAUCACCGGUGACAUCACCUCCGAGGAUGUCAAAGACUUCUUAGUCUCUGCGGAGGAGGCCGAAAAUAACCUGCGGAAUAUUUCUGAAGAAGACGGACUGCCUCCGGGGAUCCUCAUUACCUGAAGAGGGCCCCAGACUGCACUGGAAAUAUUCUUAUUGGGUGUGUUGGGACAUGUCUGGAUAAAAAUGAAUGAAUCUCUGAAGCCGGGCCAGAAGCUAUACUCCACGGGACCUCGAUGGGCGGGGUAAAGAUGGGAGCCAUUCCUCUGUAGAUACAUUUUUUCCUCUUAUAUUUUGUAUGUUUUUAUAUUUCCUCCCAAUCCCUAAAUUCAAAGCCUGUUUGUCUGCCUUGUCAAAAAAAAACUUCACACCGCCUAAGAUUACACUUGAGAAGGCUGGGUGCGACUCCGUUAGCAAGUGUGAUGCUGUUAAUAACAGGAGAGAGACAGGUGAACCGUAUUCUGACUGCUGGACAGCGAGUUCCCUCCUCUAUUGCCCUGAUCUGGACAGGUUCCUUUUGAAGAGUGCAUGCCGAUGUUAACAGACAUCACUGCGAUUGAUACAGUGUGCUAAAGAAGAUAAUGUGCCAGACUCCCAGUCAAAACAAUGGCAAGGUCAGUAAUCCCAAGAUACCCAUCUAGAAAAAAGAUGGCCUACACGAUCAUUGACAGCCAUAACUUUCAUUCACAUGUCUCCAGCCUAGAGUCUGGAGGCCCUCCUCUCCCCAAAGCUCCCAGUCCAGGGGUCCACUCAGAACAAGCUGAAGGGUUUACAGGAGAUGCUUGUAAAUGUAUGAUCUUUGCUCAUAAA